UGCGACGAGUGUAAGAAGGCGAUCGUCGACAACUAUGAGAACACCCCCAUCCAGCCGAAGCCCGUGCCCAUGCGCGAUGCCAAGGGCAAGUCUGCCGACGGCAAGUCCGGCAGCAAGUCUGGCGGCGGGGCUGGCGGCAAUUCCGGCUCUAAGUCUGGCUCUAAGGCUAAGUGAUGCGGAUCCGCUUCAUGGCUGUGGUUCGUUGCGUGUGUUGCAUCGGGCUUUCUUGUGGUGGUUUGUGGAAUGGGGGUGUGUAUUCUACUAUCGAUCUUGAAGUUUCAAUGCAAGUGAUUCUAGCCACCCGGACAGCAGAAAAGCUAAAAAAAAAGAAGAUGAGGAAAAAUGGAAUAAAAAAGUUAAUCUUGAUUUCGCAAGUCACAAGGUCAGAGGCAAUGGCAUUUGGACGGAUUUAUCCUAUCGCCGAUAGGAGGGCUUUGGGUUUUUAUCUUGAUUUUCGUCUUCUGGGAAUCUUCUUCAGGAGCAUGGAAGUUUUGUAAAGCCUUGAGGCGCGUUCUGUCUUUUGCGACUUUGCUUGUUCCUUUGUGUCUACCAGACUAGCGACAUACCAAUUGAC